AUGAUAAAGGGGGUGGCAGAAAAUUCUGUUUUCGCAAGCUUUACGUCCGCCACAAUACCUAAGUUUUCAUACGGCCACCAACAGGACACCAACCUGAAGAUCAAAUAUCCCAAUCGCAAGCCGAUGGAAGCUAAGGCACCGAAGAAUGAAUACCCUCCAAAACUGGCGCCGGUUGAUCUGUCCCAUCACUUUUCCGUCGGGGCGAGAAAUCGGGUGGGAAGCGAGGUGAAGAAGUUCUACAAAUACUUUGCGAUACCGGGCAUCCACAACCUGGCGGGAGGGCUUCCCCACCCAUCCUAUUUCCCAUACGAUACCCUGGAGGCCGCAGUUGCUCUUCCAACCCGAAUCGAUCCAUCCACUGCCGAUGGGCCCUCAACAGUCGCUGAAGGGGACGAGAUCCUAGUAUCAACCCUUCCCCCAACAGCGCGACUCACCAUCCCAAAAGAAAGCAACGACACCAACCCCACAACCCGAAUUGACCUAACCACUGCCCUGCAAUAUGGCACUGCACAAGGCUACCCACCCCUCUUCUCCUUCAUCCGCCAAUUUGUCCGCGAAAACCUGCACCCAAACAUCCCUUACGCAGGCGGGCCAGAAGUGAUCCUGACAUGCGGUGCCACUGAUGGCUUCUCCAAGACCAUCGAGGCACUGACGAAUGUCUGGGAUGAGAAUCGUGAUUGGAUCAGGGAUCGAGAAUGUAUCCUGUGCGAGGAAUUUGUGUAUAUGAACGCCAUACAAACGGUGAAGCCGCGGGGUAUCAAUGUCGUGACUGUGGCUAUGGAUUCGGAUGGGAUGAUGGUGGACGGGGAUCGCGGGUUGAAACAUAUUCUCGAGAAUUGGGAUUUUAGUCGUGGGAAGAGGCCGCAUUUGAUGUAUACCGUGACAAUCGGCCAGAAUCCAACCGGCACCGUCCUUCCCCUCCCAAGACGCAGAGACCUCUAUUCCCUCUGCCAGAAAUACGACAUCAUCAUCGUCGAGGAUGACCCGUACUGGCACCUCCAAUACCCGUCCGCUGCCCCCGAACUGGAGGCUCACUUCCGCGGCAGCAGCUCCCUCAAAUCCCGACCCCAGCCCCAUUCCAAUCAUGCGGACACUGCACUUGCGCCCAAUUACAACACCCACGGCAAAACAUCCGGCUACCCCUUCCUCGACUCUCUCAUCCCCUCAUACUUGUCCAUAGACACAGACGGCCGCGUCAUCCGGCUCGAUACAUUUUCCAAAAUCAUCGCGCCCGGCUGUCGGCUGGGCUGGCUGACAGCACAACCGAAGAUUAUAGAGCGGAUUCUGUAUAUAACGGAGACAAGCACGCAGCAGCCAUCUGGGUUUGCGCAGGCGAUGGUUGCGGGGUUGAUCAUGGGUGGUGGUGGUGGUAGUGGCGGGAAGAAGGAUGAAUUAGACAGGGUUGGUGAGGAGGGCUGUAGUGGUGAUGCUGCUGGUGGUAGGCAGUCCGGAACUUGGAAGAUGGAAGGAUGGGUUCGGUGGCUGGAGGGGUUGCGGGAAGGCUACGAAUGGCGCAUGCGGACGAUGUGCACGAUUCUGUUAAGAGCGAGGUCGAUUAUUGAACACAGCCCCCUCGGCUGUUCCCGCGGCGGUGGCAUGUUUGUCUGGGUGCGCAUGUGCUUCGAGACACACCCGCUCUGGUCUUGUGAGGGCGUAUCCGCCGAACGACUAUCGGCCGCGCUCUGGAAGCAUCUGAUGAAGAAACCAUACCUGUGUCUGGUAGCACCUGGGGCGAUGUUUAAUCCCGCUGGUGGCGGAAAUGGUCAGCGCGGCUGGAGCGACGAAUCGUUCAGGUAUUUUCGAUUGUGUUUUGCGCCGAUGCAGGAAGGGGAUGUGGCGGCAUCGGCGAAGGGGUUUGUGGAGGGUUGUAGGGAUUUCUGGUUGCAGGGGGUUUUGGAGGACGAUGACGAUGACGACGACGAGUAA